AUGCGCCUGUUUACACCAGAUAGCCUCCUGUAUCCGAUCACGGUUACCAAGCUGUUGCGGCAGGAGGGCGACGAGAUCGACGUCAACGCGCCGCUCUUCUGGUACGAGUACAAGACCAAAAUAGAAGAGUUCGACGACGACAUCAGAGACUACAAGGUCAAUGAGCGAUCGCAAUAUGGCUCCUUCGAGAGCGAAACCAAAGGCAAGAUCGCCACCUUCAAGGUGCACCUCGGCCAAGUCAUCAGAGGUCGAACGUUCGUGGCCGACGUGGACGAGCCAUGCACGCACGACGUUCAAUUCGGCAACAUAUGCGCCAACUGCGGCAAUGACUUGACAAGCCUCGCAACAUACAACUCCACCCAGUCUGUCACGGAUCGCGCGACCACGAACAUCGUGCAUGGCCGGCAAGAUCUGCUAAUCUCGGCAGGAGAGGCGGCCAGGGUGGAUGAAGAGGGCAAGCGUAGACUUCUUCAAUCGCGCCGCCUGAGCUUGGUCGUCGAUCUCGACCAGACCAUCAUUCACGCUUCUGUCGAGCCCACGAUUGCCGAAUGGCAGAACGACCCUUCCAACCCAAACUACGAAGCACUUCAGGAUGUGCAAAAGUUCCAGCUGGACGAUGACAAGCCGAAUACGUGGUACUAUAUCAAGCCGCGCCCAGGUUUGAAGCAGUUCCUGUCGACUUUGUCCGAGAUUUACGAAAUGCAUAUCUACACAAUGGGCACGCGCGCCUAUGCCGAGAGCGUGGCCAAGAUCAUCGACCCCGAGAAAAAGAUAUUUGGCGAUCGCAUCCUGUCACGCAAUGAGAGUGGAAGCAUGACAGCUAAGAACUUGAAGAGGCUGUUCCCCGUUGACACGAGGAUGGUAGUCAUUAUCGAUGAUCGCGCCGACGUGUGGCACUGGACGUCGAACCUCAUCAAAGUCAAUGUUUUCGAGUUCUUUGUGGGCAUAGGUGACAUCAACAGCAGCUUUCUGCCCAAACGACCUGAACUGGAGGCCCUGAAGUCCGCCGCACCGAAAAUGGAGAGAACCCCCUCGAAGAACUCCGCCUCAGAUGAUGGCAGCACCGAAGCAGAUUCGAAUGACAGCUCGCCUGCCAGCAGUCCGUCAACCGCGCCUACCACGCCUCCCCAGACCAAUGGCGAAGUAUCAGCUGUGGAGCAGAUGGUGUCAAUGGCGGGCAAGCAAGAUGCUCAAAGCAUCAAGGAGAAGUCAGAGGAGCAAGAGCAGACGAUCGCCGAGCAGGUCGAAGAGAGACCUAUGCUGAAGAAGCAACAAGAGCUUGAGAGAUUGGCCAAAGAAGAAGAGGCGAAGGAGGCCUCGAAAGAUGAGGAGGCAAAAGAGUCGCCAGCACACAGGUACCGGCACAACUUGUUGGCAAAUGACGAUACGGAGCUCAUAUACCUCGAACAAAGCCUGCGCAGCGUGCAUGAUGCAUACUAUGAUGAGCUCGACAAGAAUGCUUCGGGCACUAAGGGUGGCCGGGUAGCAGAGUUGCGGCCAGGACAUAGCAAGAAGCGAUCAGUGGAUGAUCUCGAGAAUAUUCCCGAUGCCGCGGCCAUCAUGGAUCGGAUGAAGGCAAAAGUGCUGUCGGGCGUGCAUCUCGUCUUCUCCGGCGUGGUUCCGCUCGGUGUGGACAUCCACUCGCAUGAUACUGCCGUCUGGGCCAAGAGCUUUGGUGCGACUGUCAGCGAAAACAUCACCAAGAAGACCACACAUGUCAUCGCUUCUCCCGAGCGACGAACAGCCAAAGUACGACAGGCGGCGAAGAAGUCCGGCAGGAUCGCGAUUGUUAGCCAGCAUUGGCUCCACGCAUGCUUUGCGCAGUGGAAGAAAGUCGACGAGAACAUGUACCGCAUCCAUUCCGAUGCGCCGGCAAACGGCACAGCUGGCCUACCCGACAGUUUUGAAGGCCACGAGUAUCAGCUUUCCGAGUCGGAUGAAGACGCCGCACAAACUGAAGACGAAACGGAUGCCGAGACACCUAACGGGAACGCCAACGGCCUGACAAUAGCCAUUCCAACUGACAUGGACACUGAUUCUGAAGAGUGGCUCAAGCACGCUCCAACACUGGAUCGCCAAGACAGCAACGCCGAGGACUCACAGAGUGACCGCACAGACGAUGCGGAUACUUCAGAAACGCCGCCUAGUCAUCGGAAGCGAAAGUCGGGAGAUCGCAACGGCGAAAAUGAGAGCGAUGCUGAAGGCAGCCGGUUGCAGAAGCGGAAGAAGGAAGCCAUCGAGCGGACCUCUUCUCUGACGAACCUCGUGAAACAGGAUGGCGCGACACCUGCGGCUGAUGCUGGUGAUGCU